GAAGGACCUGCGGCGGGUCCGCUUCGGCCGGCGCUCUGGCCUGAUCUACCCCCAGCGGCUGACUGAGCGCUCAGUGCGGCACCAUGGGGAAGCGGGACAAUAGGGUGGCCUAUAUGAACCCAAUAGCAAUGGCCAGAUCAAGGGGUCCAGUCCAGUCUUCAGGUCCAACGAUCCAAGAUUAUCUGAAUCGACCAAGGCCUACCUGGGAAGAAGUGAAAGAACAACUAGAAAAGAAAAAGAAAGGCUCCAAGGCAUUGGCUGAAUUUGAAGAAAAAAUGAAUGAGAACUGGAAGAAAGAACUAGAAAAACACAGGGAGAAAUUAUUAAGUGGAAGUGAGAGCUCAUCCAGAAAAAGACAGAGAAAGAAAAAAGAAAAGAAGAAAUCUGGUAGGUAUUCAUCUUCUUCAUCAAGCUCUGAUUCUUCCAGCAGUUCUUCAGAUUCUGAAGAUGAGGAUAAGAGACAAGGAAAAAGGAAAAAGAAAAAGAAGAGCCGUUCACAUAAAUCUUCUGAAAGUUCCAUGUCAGAAACUGAAUCAGACAGUAAGGAUAGUUUAAAAAAGAAAAAGAAGUCAAAGGAUGCAACUGAGAAAGAAAAGGACAUUAAAGGACUCAGCAAAAAAAGAAAGAUGUAUCCUGAAGAUAAACCUUUAUCAUCUGAGUCCCUGUCAGAAUCAGAUUAUACUGAGGAGGUACGAGCAAAAAAGAAGAAAAGCAGUGAAGAACGAGAAAAAACAACAGAAAAAACAAAAAAGAAAAAGAAGCAUAAGAAACACAGUAAGAAGAAGAAAAAGAAGGCUGCUAGUUCAAGUCCUGACUCACCAUAACAUUAAGAAGAAUCAGGAUUCACUUAUAAAGAAAGUGCAAUGUCUAAGGAAAUUUCAACUGUGAAAAUUAUGACAUAUUUACUAAAAUGCAUGAAUUUUCUUGUUUUUAGAAUUAUUCCUGGACUAUCAGUAGCCACUCAGAUGCCGCUGUGUGAAAGGGCCAUAAUUGUUGCCUGCUGCUUGAACAUCUGUUUGUUUCUCUUCCAGUGCUUAAUAACUUGGAGAUAACACACCGCAGUCAUACUAGUGGUUAAGAUAUUUGGGAAUAAAGUUAAUAUUUUUGACUAGGAGUAUCUAAUGAUAAAUCAACAGAAACUGAAUCUGGAUACAUCAUUAAGAUGUAAUCAGAGAUGACCAGAUGGCUCUAGUUAACAUUUUUGAAGUAGGGAUUACGUUGAUGUUUCAAAAUCCUUACUCUGUAGAUAAGCGUAUUUUAAUUUUUUCCCCUUGUAUACUUUUGUUUACCUGGGGAAGGAGCUUUUAGGGGUGGGAGUGGGGUUUGAUAUCACUUCAGCUAGCAGAAUAGCGUGCCUUUAUCCUCACACAUCUUAUUUUUGUGGACACAGUAGCCAUGCUUCAUGGGGAGGUCAGGGCCGGGUAUGGCAGUCUUGCCCUUUACUGAGCUUAGUGACAUCCUUGGACUCUGUCGUAUGCUACUUUGAGUGAACCAGAGAAAUAGCCUUUUGCAGCAUGAGAAUGCCCCAAAAGCUCUGGGAUUUACCUCCACUUCAAUAAUACUGAAUGUUUUUUAGCAUUAGAAUGUGUUAUAACAUUUGAACUAAUUUUGACUACACUUUGGCUUUGAAAAGGAAUCAUUUCAAAUGACACUGGUACUUUUUGAACUUGAUAGCUAAAGAUUCUAAAAUGCAUGUUUUAUACUGUUAGGUUUUAACCAGUCAGGAAAAUUUUAUGUAAUCAGUGAUAGUUCCUUUAUUUUUUGUAUGAGUUUUGUUUAGGCUGUAAUGUUUAGCUUUUUAUUAACUCCUUAUUCUUGCUAUUAUAAAUUCCUUACUGUGUUUAACAGCAUACUUGCCAAGAUAUUUAGCAUGUAAAAAGCAGGUUUUUGAUUUCUUUUUUUUUUAACAGCUUCAUAUUGAAGCUGAGACUUAACCAUAAAUAAGUUGAGUGACAGGCCUGGUAUGCUGUGUCUUGUUAACAGAAAACUAUUGCCAGAAUCUUAGUAAAUAUAACGUUUUAAAGGUUUGUCUUUGUAUAUUCACAAUGGAUUAUGACAAGUUAAAUUUAAGUGAGAAUUACA